AUGGCAGAUGAUAAUGAUAAUGAGGAUGAGGAUCAGACAUUUUGUGAGAUUUUUGAUUCACUUACAACCCUAUUGUACAUACUGAUAUUGAAGCUAUAUUUGUUUUGCAAAAGAGAGCCACUUCGCGAUAAUUAUCAAGAAAAUGACGAGGAAUAUUUUCGGAGGACUGUUUAUAUUCCACUGAUAGACAGCAUAGUGACUAACCUAUAG